UUUAUAUUAAAAAUUAAAAAUAAUAAAUGCCACAAAUAUAAUGACACGUCUAAUAUCAUAAAUUCUGUAAAUUCACACAGAGGCGACUAUAAAAGAAGAGAAGUUCUGUGAAAGACCCCCGAAUCUUGAUCUUGGAGAAGCAUGCAAUUGGUCCGGCGGUAAUUUUCAAGAAAAAGCGUUACUGUUCAGGUCAACCGGAGAUUAUAAGACCGUUGAGGAAAGAAAACGGGGGUUACAACUUACAACUUUGAAGAGCUGGGCGUAUAACUGGAAAACGAAUUCCAUUUCCAGCCUUCGAUUGCCGGAAAGAACAGAGGAAAUCAUAAAAAGCUUUAUGUAGCCGAGCUUUUCCAUUGCUGCAGUUGGGGGGAGAAAAGAAAAUGGAAAUCGCUUGUCAUCAAUCUUCAGAAAUGCAAGAGCCCAGCAUCGACACCGACAAACUCAGUUACGAAAUCUUCUCCAUCCUCGAGAGCAAGUUUCUCUUCGGCUACGAUGAUCAGAAGCUCUGGGUUCCCAAGCAAAUUUCUCCACCGGACCCGGCGGUUCCCGCGGCCGAUGGAGGAAACGGCGUCGCUGCCAUCAAGAACCAGCGCGGCAAAAUCUGCGUGCUCUCCAUCGACGGCGGCGGGAUGAGAGGGAUUCUCGCCGGGAAAGCGCUGGCUUACCUGGAACAGGCGCUGAAGACGAAAUCGGGCGACCCAGACGCGAGAAUCGCCGAUUACUUCGACGUGGCGGCGGGGACGGGCGUCGGCGGCAUCUUCACGGCGAUGCUGUUCGGGUCGAGAGACCGGAGCCGGCCGAUUAUGAAGGCGGAGGAGACGUGGAAGUUUCUCGCCGACAACGGGAGGCGGUUCUACAGGAACGGCGGCGGCGGGUUUCUAAAGCGGGCUUUCAGAUCCGGGUCGGGCGGGUCGGGUUCGGCGACGGGCGGGUUGGAGAAAGCAAUGAAAGAGACGUUCACGGAGAAAGGCCGGCAGUUGACCCUUAAAGACACGUUGAAGCCCGUUUUGAUCCCUUGCUACGACCUCUCCAGCACGGCGCCGUUUCUCUUCUCCAGGGCCGACGCGCUCGAGACCGACAGCUUCGAUUUCCGGCUGUGGGAGGUCUGCCGGGCGACGUCGGCCGACCCGGGGGCGUUCGAACCGGCUCAACUGAGGUCGAUCGACGGUCGGACCAAGUGUUUGGCCGUCGACGGCGGGUUGGCAAUGAGCAAUCCGACCGCGGCGGCGAUCACGCACGUGCUGCACAACAAACAGGAAUUCCCUUUCGUCAGAGGCGUGGAGGAUUUGCUGGUGCUCUCGCUUGGCGCGGGGCAGCUGCCUGAAGUCAGCUACGAUUACGAAGAGGUGAAAACGUGGAGGGCCAAGCACUGGGCUCGACCCAUGGCGCGAAUUGCCGGCGACGCCUCGGCGGAUUCGGUGGACCAGUCGGUGGCCAUGGCGUUUGGUCAGUGUCGGAGCAGCAACUACUUGCGAAUUCAGGCAAAUGGGUCCUCCUUAGUAGGGAGGUGUGAAGGCAAUGUGGACACAGACCCUAGCCCUAAGAACGUGAAGAUGUUGUUGGGAAUGGCAGAUGAAAUGUUAAAGCAGAAAAACGUGGAGUCAGUGCUGUUUGGGGGUAAAAGGAUAGGAGAAGAGAGUAACUUUGAGAAGCUGGACUGGUUUGCAGGUGAGCUUGUGCUGGAACACCAGAGGAGGAGCUGCAGAAUUGCUCCCACUGUUGCCUUCAAGCAACUUACUACUCUACCCAGACCCACCACCCCCAGGAAGAAAAUUUAAUCAACCACUCCCCAAAACAAACAAGGUAAAACGUAGCAGCCUGCAUAUAUUUCAAGAAAGGGAUAGCAGUGAACAGAGAAGUGAAAGCAACCCAUAUGAAAGAUGAUGAUGGAAAACCCAAAAAGAAGAAAACAAACAAUUAUAUGGGGGGGCAGCCUUUUUGCUUUGUGGAAGGACAAAGGGGUGAAAUAAAUAGGAAGAGGAGGGAAUGGACUGCCCUGGGAUGAAGGGGAAAAAGGACAGGUGAAAAAAGAUAACAGAGGCAUGAAUGAAUGAAAAGCUGGGAAGAUCUUAGUGGGAUUACUUUGCCUGCUGGAGAACAGGCACUGUGGUCUCCAUUACCAUUCUCUACAAUGGCAACUGGCCAUGAAAUUGAAAAUGGGAAAGGGGAAAAUACGACUUCGAUCAUCAAUCAUACAAGGGGCUUUUCAGAUUGGAGGUCAAAAGAGACAUGAAGCAAGUUGCAAGUGUGAAUCUUUUUAGUGUACAUUUUUUUCUAUUUUGUAUGAUUUGGUUCUCCAGGGGAUGGUGGAGACUGGAGACAAAAGUAUUGGUGCUGUAAUAUAUGUCUCUGUGUCCUCUGUCUUCCUGUUUUUCUUCUUAUUAGCCUUGAGUGCCUUAUUUAUGAAUCCCCAAAGUAUAUAUUAUGUAAUAUCAUCUUCUUUAUGCGGGUAGUAGACUGAGACAGAAAUGAAAGAACAAGAUUAAACUCAUAUGAAGGGC